GUGUACGAUUCUGCGGACUCGCUUUUCAGUGGUGCCUCCACGGUGCAGCAGGCUGUAGACAGGUUCAUUGCCACGACAGCACCAAUUCCCGAUGCCUUUGAUGCUGGAGCUGUGCGUCGUGGUGUGGCUACAGCACCAGUGCUUUUUUCCACAGAAACGAUCUGCUUUCACCCUCAGUUGGGUGGUGUAGCGAACAUACCUUUACCCUUUUCCGAAUUGGACUGCUCUCUUUUGUAUGACAAAGCGUGGAAGUUAAUGGGGUACAAUGACUCUUCUGGUAAUCCCUCGGAGCCUGGGAAGUCCAUAUUCCGAUUCCUUAACUCCGGUGGCUACGUUGCUCGUGUGUGGGCGCUGAAGCGUGCAUUUGCAGUGUAUCGUAAGGUGUUGAAGAUUAAGCGUUUGACGCGACAACAAUGGAAGUGUGACCAGAGUGUGUGGGGACUGGUGUACCUGUGGAGCAUCACCCAGGAUGCACGUAUGACACCCGAUGUGCGCAUUCCACGUGGUCUGAUAAACCUGGACUUCCACAACACCUUUUUUCUUUUGCCCUACAUUACUUUGUGGGGAAAAGACUUCGUGCCGUGGAGCUCCACAGCCAUUGCCGAUGUGGUGGCGGGUGGCAGGUUGCCGUUUCCUCUCUUCUUCCACAUGGUGGACAAGCCCAACGCCACUCCAGCCAUUCUGCAUUUCAAUGGUCGAGGUGGUGGUACAACGAAGACAACUCUGUGGAUGCUGCGGAAUCACACCUCUUGGUAUGUGGAGACGAAGCGCUCUGCUGCUGCGUUCCUC